AUGCAUCAGUCUUCUUGCUGCCUUGUUUACUGGUUGGGUGUUCUGCAGUUGGUGGGAACAUUGAUUGCACUAGUGACUGGGUGCCAAACUGGCUGUUCAUGCAAUAUCAGCCGGUUGCUCGAAUGUUAUGAUAUUGAUAAUUUACUGGACAUCCCUCCUGGUGUGCGUAACGUCACAGUACAUGGAAACCUUAAGAAAAUGCCGCCUGUCUUUGCUCGGCGCUCAGAUGUAGUGACUUUAGACCUUAGCUUCAAUGAGCUCACGGAAAUCCUGGCUAAUUCAUUCCUUGGACUCAACUACCUGUUAUCUCUGGAUCUCAGCUACAACAAGAUUUACAACGUCUCAAAGGAUGCGUUCCGGGGCUUAUACAAUCUUGUCUAUUUGGAUUUAAGCCAUAAUAAAAUCACGGUAUUAACCGACAGCGUUUUCUCGAACCUUACACAUCUCGUUCAUCUGAAGCUCAACCUGAAUUACCUGCAAGUCUUGUCUGGCCAUAUAUUCACACCACUGCAAAAUCUUCAUGUUAUUGAUUUGUCAAAUAAUUCUUUAGUCCAUGUUUCUUCUUUCACAUUUGCCAAUAGCAGCGUCCUCAGAUCUGUUGACCUGCGAUAUAACCAUAUUCGAACGUUCCAUGAAGACGUUUUACAAUCUUUUAAUAAUCUCGAUCAGGUGCUUCUUGAAGAAAAUCCUCUGGACUGUUCCUGUGCCAUUUUUCCAUUUGUAGAACUUUACGAUAGUAACCCGGAGCCAUUUAGUGAUUUUGAAAACCUCACCUGCCAUUCCCCACCUUCCCUUGCUAAUUACAAAGUUUCUCUUUUAAACUCUUCAGACUUUGUUUGCGAAAGCCCCGUCAUGUCCUUUGUAAGUAGCAACGUGUCCAUAAUCAGCCACAAAAACAUUCGGCUUGACUGCAAUGCAACCGGUUCACCCUGCCCCAGCAUUGUCUGGGUAACACCCUGGGGUGACCUGUUUGCCCAUAACGUUCAUUUGCACUUGCUAACAUCUAUUUCCCAGCCCAUACACAUGACGUACACCUAUUCUGACUCCAAAUAUACUUCCGACGUCUAUGUCACCAGCAAUGGCUCUCUUUACAUCCAAAAUCUGCGUGGUUAUUUUGGGGGGAGAUUCCGUUGCCUUGCCAUUAAUUCCCUGGGCAAUAGUUCCGCCACACUUGUUCUCACUAUUUACUCCCUCAUUCCUUCUGUUUACACCAUGAGCUUGAUUGUCAGUUUUGGAGCAUCUCUGUGCUUCUUAGUUUUAGGAAUAAUCCUUGGGUCAAUCCGUCUUCUUGUCCACGUGAUCCACAAGCGCAACCAGAAGUGCAGCAAGGUGUCCGUUAAGGAUCCGGAGAUUCAGCCAACAGAGAUGAAUACGUCGACUGAAAUUGAGAAGAUCAGCAGUUGCACCAAUUCAGAUUUUUCUUCAUUUGGUUCCAUACCGUACCUGGACCAUUCCCCAGGGGCUUCCCCACUCAAGUGUACUACACCUGUGGCUGGCUCAGAAUAUUACGAGAAGGGCUCUGCAGAUAUGAACAUCCGUGAGACGCUCGAUGAAGUGAGAGCACGCCUCAUGGACGGAGUUGAAAGAAGAAUGUUGAAGAUGCGGUGGCAUGUACAGACAAUACGAGACACGAGUAGCCAGUAUAUGCACUCCAUUAGGGAUACUGGUAGCUAUUAUGUGCAAUCUCUGCGGGAGUCAAGUAGUUAUGCUGCAAAUCGAGUGCGGGCAGGGGUCGUGCUUGGUGUUGAGCAAGUCAAAUACCAUGUACAGUCCAUCAAGGAACUGUGCGGCACAGGAGAGAUGGGCUCCCACACGGUGUCCACAAUCUCGGUGUCGACAGACGUUGAUACACAGCGAAGGACAGAGAUCAUAAAGUCGUAUACUUACGUGUAA